AUGGGUCGUGGAGUUAGCAGUGGCGGGGGACAGAGUUCCCUUGGGUACCUUUUUGGAAACGGUGAGGCGCCAGCCCCAACUCAGAAACCUGCGGCAGCCGAAGCUCCUGCUCAGAAACCAGCUCCGGCGGUGAGCAAGGGGCAUUCAGAGAAGACUCCUGCUGAUGUUAGUAAACAGAUUCCAGCUGGCAUUCAGGGAAACCAAAAGAAUAACUAUUACCGAGCUGAUGGCCAGAACACUGGAAACUUUCUCACGGAUCGACCUUCUACUAAAGUCCACGCUGCCCCUGGUGGUGGAUCUUCCCUUGACUACCUGUUUGGUGGCGGAAGCAAGUUGGAAGAGUUGAACGAAAAGGACGGCCUUGAAAUUGAAGAAGCGCGAACCAUCAUACCAGAAAUAGAACAUUUAUUUCAAUCUGCUGAAGCUUUGAUCAUCUGGCCCUGCAAAACGCACUUGGAACUUGUAUUACGUGCACUUAAUGGUGUUGGAAGUGGGGCCGUUGAUGUGGAUGUUAAUCAACAACUGCAUAGCAAAGGUUUUAGUAGCACAUUUGUUCCACUGAAAGGACAUUCACAGAGGAAAAAGUGUACAGAAUUAUUUGUUGUGCGACAUGAAUUGCAGCUAGGUUAUGAAAUGCGGGCGAGGAAAUCUAGACAUGUUGCAAUGUUAAGAGUUCAAGAGCAUGGUGGACACCAAUAA